AUGACUGUAACACUAUUCGCAUCUGUAAUUUCCACUUCAUAUAUUUUGAUAGAUGUUGGAAUUUUUAAAGUGCUGCAGAGUUCGCCGCAAUCGAUGAUCAGGUGCCGCGCGCCGUCCAUCGGCGUCGAUGUCGACAUGGUCUCAGAAUUUGACCCAAGCAGCUCAGAUUCUGGAGUCGUAAGCCGCUGUGCAGUAGUUAAGCCAUUGAAAUUUCGUCUGUGCCAGCCAAUAUUUGGCCGAAAAACUCACCACAAAGCCAAAAUAAAACAAACUGAUGAGAGUCUACAGCAAAUCAAACAAAGUGAAUUGCACGAUUUAUCUCUAGAAUCGGCCGAUAAAGAAGGUAUUACAACUGAAUCUAUAAAGUUGAGAUCGGGACCUGGCGAAUUCGGUGUGCACGCGGGCCAAAUGUGUGCGCAGCCUGUCGAAGUUAUAAAGAGGGUGCAAAAACCUAGAGACCCCGAAAGAGAAAAGAAAAGAAUAGCACGCAAGAAGGAGAAGCGGGCUACUCUGAUUUUAGGACUAAUUAUGGGCAGUUUUAUCGCCUGCUGGCUUCCUUUCUUCUUCCUAUAUAUAUUAACUCCAUGCUGCCCAUCGUGCAACGUACCAGAAAGCGCAUUUGCCAUUGCGUUCUGGCUGGGUUAUACCAACUCUGCGUUAAAUCCAGUAAUCUAUACUAUAUUCAACAAAGACUUUAGAAGCUCUAGUGGAUACGCCAACGAGGGCAUCUACUAA